CUCGGUCCGGGCUGAUCAGGACCCCUUGUGGUGUCAAAAUAAUCGCGCGAAGCGAUGGAGCCCCGGAGCCUCUCUUGGCGCAGCAUCCGAGAUGCGCUUCUACUCCGCGGCCGUUAGGAAGCGCAAUGCGGCGGCGGCGACGUUUUGCUGCCUUUCCAAGCCGAGGAAAGCGAGUGGAGAGGGCUCUCUCUUCUUCUUCUUCCCUGGCGCAGAGGAAGCAGAGAGCUUGUUGGGUAAAGAGACGGUGCCCGUUUGGGCUGCCGCGGGCUCCCUCUGCAGUUCCCGUCCCUCGGCUGGUUGCAGCAGCAGCAGCAGGCGCGGCCCCGCGCUCGCUCCCCAGCCUCUCUCGCCGUCCGAAGGGGCCCUUGGAGAGCCAGCGACCCGGCGCCCUUGCAGGAGAGCGCGGCGAGGGACAUGGCCCCGGGCGCCUUCCCCGGGCGGCGGCUGCUGCUGGCGCUGCUGCUUGGCGGCGCCUUAAGCCUGGCCGGCGGCGCCCCGACGGCAACAAGCACGCCGCCGGCCGUGCCUUGCCAGGCCCCGCUGCAGUGGGAAGGGCGCACGGUGGUGUACGACCACAGCACCGGCAGGAGCAUCCGGGCGGCCGUGUCCUACGACGGCCAGAACCAGCGGCUGCGGGUCCUGGAGGAGAGGAAGCAGCUCAUCCCUUGCAAGAAAUUUUUUGAAUAUAUCUACCUGUAUAAAGACACGGUGAUGUUUCAGAUUGAGCAAGUGACAAAGCUGUGUUCCAAGAUUGCCUUGACUGAGCCGUGGGAUCCUUAUGAUAUUCCUGACAACUCAACCUACGAAGAUCAGAACUACAUUGGAGGACCUGGGGACCAAAUUAUGGUACAGGAAUGGUCCGACAGAAAACCAGCUAGGAAACCUGAAACCUGGGUUGGCGUUUAUACAGUCAAAGACUGUUACCCAGUGCAGGAGACCUAUACCAGGAACUACAGCGUGACAACCUCCACCCGAUUCUUUGAUCUAAAGCUUGGGAUAAGUGAUCCAUCUGUAUUCACGCCUCCCAGCACCUGCCAGACAGCACAACCAAACAAGAUGAGCGAUGAAUGCUAAUCACGGAGAUUGGCCUUUACAUGCAAACAUAUGUAAUAUAGUUAUCAUGAAUCCUCAGCUGCUGAUGUCUUAAGAUGGUGGUUGCACUUUGCAGAAUGGAGGGCUUUGGGAAUGAGAUCUCUCGUUGACUAGAAAAAGUGAGAAAACCCAUCUCUCCACCAGAGUCUCAUUCUAAUAUUGUCCUCAUAUUCUACACUUACCAGUGAAGCAUUUGUUUUAGCUGCCACAUUUUUGUUGGAAGAACCUGUGGCUUAUAUUUCCCAAGAGACACAUUGUGCUCUUAAAGCAUAUUAAAAUAUCACAUGCAUUUGCUCGUUUUGGAGAAGUGAGCAGACAUUGUGACAUGUAGCAGAGAAGGCAUUUCCAUAACAUGCCACCAUUAACCGAUUAUGUAGAGAGAUUUCCUUAACGUCUUGGAAGUUGUUACAGUAAUUGAAUUUGCUUGGGGG